AUGGCUUAUGCCCCCUCCAAUAUCAACAGGACCAGAGACACUAAGACCUUCAGGAGAAGUUACCCCCAUGCUAAGCCCCCUUACUCAUACAUUUCAUUGAUCACCAUGGCCAUCCAACAGGCCCCCAGUAAGAUGUUGACCCUCAGUGAGAUCUACCAGUGGAUCAUGGACCUUUUCCCUUACUACAGGCAGAACCAGCAGAGGUGGCAGAACUCCAUCAGGCACUCUCUGUCCUUCAAUGAUUGCUUUGUCAAGGUGGCCAGAUCUCCAGAUAAGCCUGGCAAAGGAUCUUACUGGACUCUGCACCCUGAUUCCGGGAACAUGUUUGAAAAUGGCUGCUACCUCCGUAGGCAGAAGCGCUUUAAAUGCGAGAAGACCCAAGGGGGCAAAGGAGGCCAUGACAGCAGGAAGGACCAGUCAGGUUCUUCAUCACCUUUGCACCGAGGACAUGGAAAGUCCAGCCAGAUGGACAGCAGUUCCUCCAUGUCCAACCCUUCCAGUAGCCCCCAAUCCUUAGAUCACAAUGGUUCUACUGGAGACCUGAAGCCACAGCCAGCUCACACAUCUCACUCUUUAGUUCAUGAGCCCCACAUCCACCUGAAAGGAGAUCCCCACUAUUCCUUUAACCACCCGUUCUCUAUCAACAAUCUGAUGUCUUCAUCAAUGCCCCUUGGCAGUACAACCAUGUCUGGCAGAGGGACUAUAGAGCCAUCAGCGCUAGAGCCAACGUAUUACCAAGGGGUCUAUUCCAGACCGGUCCUGAACACAUAA